UUCAAAAGUACCCUAAUCCAUUCAAUUUUGCUCCACCACACACUAAAGCAAUGAUCAAGCAACUCUUCUCCGGAGUUUCGGAUUCUGGCAAGAAGAAAAAGAUUUUCAUCGCGGUUUUUGCUUCAAUCCUACUUAUCGCGGCUGUUAUUGGCAUUGUGGCUGGAGUUAACUCCAAAACCACCAACACCCAAUCCGACAACAUAAGAGCAUCCGCGGCUCACACCAUUGUAAAAUCAUCAUGUAGCAUCACCCUCCACCCCGAGCUAUGCUACUCCACGGUUGCCAGCGUUCCUGGCAUGACCGAAAAGGUGAAGUCAUUAAGAGACGUCAUUGAACUGGCUCUUGAGAAAACAAAAGAGAGAGUCCAAACAAACAAGUUAAUCAUAAAGACGCUUGCGGCUAGGAGAAAUCUCACGAAACGUGGGAAAAUCGCUGUUCAUGAUUGUCUGGAGAUGGUCGACGAUACACUCGAAGAACUCGACCUAGUCAUAGAUUACGUGAAGAAUUAUGCUACGAGAAAAGGGAUUCGCAAACAUGUUGAUGACAUAAUUACUUACCUGAGCACUACUAUAACCAACCAGCAAACAUGCAUCGAUGGGUUCUCCCACAACAAACCCGAUAGGCACUUGCGCCAAUCAAUCAUCGGCGGUGAGGACAAUGCAGGGAAGCUAUGUAGCAAUUCAUUGGCCUUAGUCAAGAACAUGACCGACACAGACAUGGCGAACGAAGUACAAACAAAUACAAAUACGAGGAAAUUAAUGAACGAGGACGACGAAAACUGGCCCGAGUGGUUAUCAGCUGGAGACAGAAGAUUGUUGCAGUCAGGAAACGUGAGAGCGAAUGUGGUUGUGGCCGCGGAUGGUAGUGGCAACUUUAGAACGAUUUCGCAAGCCGUUGCGGCCGCUCCUAGUAGAAGCUCAAGUAGAUAUGUUAUUAGAAUAAAGGCAGGAGUGUACCGAGAAAAUGUUGAUGUCCCAAGUAGUAAAACGAACUUGAUGUUUUUGGGUGAUGGACAAACUAAAACAAUUGUUACGGCAAGUCGUAGUGUUGGUGGAGGCAGCACCACCUUCAAUUCGGCUACUGUUGCUGUUGUGGGUGCUGGAUUCCUAGCACGUGGUAUAACCUUUCAAAACACAGCAGGCCCAGCGAACGAGCAAGCCGUGGCCCUACGGGUCGGGUCGGAUAAGUCAGCGUUCUACGAAUGUGGCUUCAUAGCACACCAAGACACGCUUUACGUCCACACCAAUCGUCAGUUUUACACCAACUGUUACGUAGCUGGCACAGUUGACUUCAUUUUCGGCAAUGCUGCAGUCGUAUUGCAAAACUGUGACAUCAAUGCCCGUCGACCCGGCCCAAGCCAAAAGAACAUGGUCACAGCCCAAGGCCGAACCGACCCUAACCAAAACACAGGGAUUGUGAUUCAAAAAUGUAGAAUCGGAGCCACAUCCGAUUUAAAACCGGUACAAGGAACCUUUCCAACGUACCUAGGGCGGCCGUGGAAGGAAUACUCGAGAACCGUUGUAAUGCAAACAACAAUAGGUAAUGUGAUACACCCAAAUGGAUGGUUUCCUUGGGACGGGAAUUUCGCGCUUAAUACUUUGUAUUAUGGUGAGUAUCAGAACAAUGGGGCUGGGUCGAGUACCUCGAAUAGGGUGAGGUGGGGGGGAUAUCGGGUGAUUACAAAUGCUGCGGAAGCUCGAGGUUUUACGCCCGGAAACUUUAUUAACGGUGGAAGUUGGUUAGGGAACACGGGCUUUCCUUUCUCUCUUGGGUUGUGAUGACUCAUUUAUGUUGAAUAUGUUGUUUGAAAUAUUGUGAUCUUUUGUUAAUAAACAUCUGGUAUUGAUUCAUGGAUUAAUGUCAGAAUAUAAAAUAAAACAUUUGGCAUUGGUUCAUGGAUUAAUGUCGAAUAUGUUGUAUGUUGUAAUCAUUUUCAUAAUUGUAUGUAAUGUUUUGUUGUUAUGGUAAUCAACAAGAUAUAUGUUUCAUUAA